AUGUUCAAGGGACAUGAGGAAAAGCAGAAACUGUUUAAAGGAAUGCUCUUAGUGCAUCAAGUCUCGGAAGCAAUACAACAGUGUGUGCUAGCCGCAGUGCUGAAAUUUGCUUCUGAGUUUGAGGAACUCACGUCGCACAGUAAAGACUCCUUCAUCACCUUGUUGCAAAGUACAGAACCGUACUCAGGUAUGCUUGCAGCAUAUCUGAAGGAAGGCAAUUGA